AUGCAAGUCUUCAAUUUUGUUCGAGAUAGAAUCUGGAAAAAACUCAAAGGUUGGAAUGAGAAGGCCUUAUCGAGAGCAGGGAGAAGUGUUCUCAUCAAAUCAAUUGCCCAAGCUAUUCCAUCUUUUGUCAUGGGACUCUUCUUACUUCCAUCCACUCUUUGUUCCCAAAUUGAAAAAAUGAUCAACAAUUUUUACUGGGGAGGAAAUGCUGAGACUAGGAAACUAAAUUGGAUAAGGUGGGACAGACUUGCAACCCCAAAGAGCAUUGGGGGCCUAGGAUUCAGAUCCUUUCACAACUUUAACAAAGCCAUGUUGGGCAAACAAUGGUGGUGGCUGAUGAGCAGAGGUGAUUCCUUCAUGGCAAGAAUUCUAAAAGCUCGAUACUACCCUAAGUGUGACCUGGGAGAAGCAAGGAAAUGUACCAGCUCGAGCUUCCUAUGGAAAAGCUUGUACUCAGCAAGAGACAUGAUGAACAAAGGCAGCUUAUGGAAAGUUGGAGAUGGCCAAAGAAUUCAAAUAUAG